CGUCGCGAAGCAUUAAUACUGUACUGGACUUUUAGCGACUGGUGUAUGUUCGAUGUGGAUGUCACGCUCUAAGGCAGAUGUUGUCGUUAAGAUUUAGAACAAGGAAUAGUCCCUCGCAGAAAACCUCCCUUAGGUGGGGUGACUGCUGUCCUGCUGACCAACUUCUGGAUCUCCUCACGUAGGUGAUCUUCUAGGGAGGUUCCGUUAUCGCUAAUCGCAUAUAUAUUUUUGAUACACGAAGAAACACAGAAAAUCGUACCAAAAUGAUCAACAUAGCAGGAGUUGUUUCAAUCGUUCUCUUCUACGUGAUAAUUUUAGCAGUGGGUGUUUGGGCAGGCAGAAAAAAAGAAGCUGGAAAUGACUCGGAAGAAGAAGUUAUGCUUGCAGGUCGCAACAUUGGAUUGUUUGUGGGCAUUUUCACCAUGACAGCAACAUGGGUUGGAGGUGGCUACAUAAAUGGAACAGCCGAGGCUGUUUACACAUCAGGCUUGGUAUGGUGCCAAGCACCGUUUGGAUACUCCCUAAGUCUAGUUUUCGGGGGAAUAUUUUUCGCCAACAAAAUGCGACAGCAGGGAUAUAUUACGAUGCUUGAUCCUCUACAGGACACCUUUGGGGAGCGGAUGGGCGGCCUAUUGUUCUUACCGGCUUUGUGUGGAGAGCCGAAGUUCAGAUUACUCGAUAUAGAGUUAGCAAUUUUCACAAUAAUCGUCCAUGCUACUCCCCAGAUUACUCAAGAACACAAUAUAAACAUCGGUUUAGCUUUGCCAGAUGGGGUAGCAUUCUAA